CCCGCACUCCGUGCAGCACCCUAACCUACCGCAAAUGGCUUUGCUGUCUGCAGCUAACGUUAGCUGGCUUUACGUUCGUUCACUUUAACCAGUUACGCGAUUCAUCUGGUGACGGCUAUAUAUUAUCAGAUCCAUGGGUUCGGCUCUCAUGGAGCCGUCCAGUAAGCCUGGGGCCAACCAGGUGGCAGAUGUGGUGUUUGUGAUCGAAGGGACAGCCAACCUUGGCCCCUACUUUGAAGCUCUUCGAAAAAAUUACAUACUGCCUGCUAUUGAAUACUUCAAUGGAGGGCCACCAGCAGAGACAGACUUUGGAGGAGAUUAUGGAGGUACACAGUACGGUCUGGUGGUGUUCAACACAGUGGACUGUGUUCCCGAGUCAUACGUCCAGUGCCAUGCACCAACCAGCUCUGCCUUCGAGUUCGUUUCUUGGAUCGAUAGCAUCCAGUUCAUGGGUGGUGGAGCAGAGAGUUGUAGUCUGAUUGCUGAGGGACUUGCCGUGGCCCUGCAGCUCUUUGAUGACUUUAAGAAGAUGAGGGAGCAGAUUGGUCAGACUCACAAGGUGUGUGUGCUGCUAUGUAACUCUCCUCCAUACCUGCUGCCCGCUGUGGAGAGUGUCAGCUACACAGGCUGCACAGCAGACAACUUGGUUAAGAUCAUAAGAGAUAGAGGAAUCCACUUCUCUGUUGUGGCUCCACGGAAACUACCAGCUUUAAGGGCUUUGUAUGAGCGGGCAUCACCAGUUGGGGGGGCAGUUGAACCACAUUCAGACUACAGCCAAGACCCCUUCCAUAUGGUCUUAGUCAGAGGCAUUGCACUUCCAGCUUCUUCAGGUGGAGGACCAGGGCCUCUCAAACCUGUCUUACCCCCUCAGCCGCUGCCGGUCAGCCAGCCUCUUGGGGCAGCUUCACAGGCUCCUGCACCCAUUAGCACAGCCCAUCCUUAUCAGAAUCAACCCUCAAUGACUGCUGCUCAGGCAGCUGCACAGAUGGCCGUGGAGGCAGCCAACAAUCAGAAGAGUCGCUUCCCAGGAAUGGUCAGCCAAGGUCCGUCGUUCAGUGGCCAGCCAACUCUUUCAUCCGUGGCAGGAGUGAAGUUGGCCCCAUCUGGCCAGCCCAGCCUAUCAACAGUCACGACGACAUCGCCCAUGAUGCCACAGCAACAAGUCCCUCCCAAUCAAUCACAGCAGCAAGUCCCACCCCCAGGACAGCCAACACCCAACCAACAGCAACAGGCACCCCCCCAACAGCUGCCCACGGCAAAUCAACAGACACCACCUUCAGCACAGCCUGGCAUGCCAGGUGUGUCUGGAGCUCAGGGCAAUGCCAAUCCAAUUGGGCAGCAGCAAGGAGUGGCUAAUAAGGUUGUAGCAUGGAGUGGAGUUCUGGAGUGGCAAGAGAAGCCCAAGGCCUCGUCCAUGGACUCCGGCACAAAACUCACUCGCUCGCUUCCAUGUCAGGUGCAAGUUAACCAAGGAGAAAAUCUAAACACAGACCAGUGGCCACAAAAGCUCAUCAUGCAGCUAAUUCCACAACAACUGCUGACAACUCUAGGUCACCUGUUCAGAAACUCCCGAAUGGUUCAGUUUCUCUUCACCAACAAAGACAUGGAGUCGUUGAAGGGUCUAUAUCGUAUCAUGGCCAAUGGUUUUGCCGGCUGUGUCCACUUCCCUCACACUACCUCACCCUGUGAAGUGAGGGUGCUAAUGUUGCUCUACUCCUCCAAGAAGAGAAUAUUCAUGGGCCUUAUCCCAAACGACCAAAGUGGCUUUGUCAACGGCAUCCGACAGGUCAUCACAAACCACAAGCAGGUCCAGCAGCAUCGAGCGUUGGGUGGGGCAGGAGGCCCUAUGCCAACUGGUCAAGUACCACCCAACCAGAAUUUCCUCAACAGGCCCGCUGGCCCAAUUCCUGUCUCCCAUGGCAAUGUCCCGCAGCAGUCUGUGGUGGUGGGCAUGCCCCCUGUUAGUCAGGUCACUAUGAUGGAGGAGCAGCAGAGACAAACCAACCUGAUGACCAUGAGGGCGACUGGCCCAGCUAACCAGCAGCCACCAGUCACCGGUGCGCCACCCAACCAAGUCGCUCAGGGUGGACAGGCACCCCCUCAGAGUCCCAUGCUCCGCCUGCCAAACCCGGGAGCCAAUCCACAACUGCGCAGUCUUCUCCUCAGCCAACAGCAGCCACAGGGUGGUGUGUCUCACAUGCCUGGAAUGAUGCCCCACCAGGGUUUAGGGCAGCAGCUCGUCCACCCAACACCAGGAGGGGGGGCUCAAAUGCAGGGCCAGUGGAGGCAGCCUCUGGCAGGUCAGAUGCUGAUGGCUGCAGGUCAGAGAGGGGCUGUGGCCCAGCCGGGGAUGCCCCAGGUGUCUAGCGUCAUGGAAGACGAGAUUCUCAUGGACCUUAUCUGAAUACUGGACUCUGGAAAUUCCUGCAUCUUUCAUCGCACAGCAUCUUUUUUUAUGUCGCAUCGUGGCAGGUUUUGACCAGUCUGAACAAAAAUGCUGUCAUUUCUGUUUGCUGUAUUGUUUCACGUGGUCAACAGAAAAACCUAUCAUGAGGUUUUUGUUGUUGUUGUUGUUUUGUUUUGUUUUUUGUUUUUUUACUGGCAUUAGCUGUUGAAGUGAAUUAGUGGGAGACAACAUAAGGAUUAGUUUUCUUUUGUAAAUAGUUAAAUCAACGCUCACACCCUGACCCAUAUUGCGCACUAAUCCAGCAUGUUACACACACACACACGAUGAGGCUGACCAAAUGGAUGAAAAGAGUCAAUUGAAUUGUUGGGCUUCUCACAACUCGCUUCUUGAUACGUGCUUUUAAUUUUUUUUCCCUCUGAAGUAUAAUUUUUUUUGGGGGGGGAUUAUUUUCUGUUUUUAUUAUUAUAGAUAAGGUUGUUUUUAUUGAGAUUAAAUAAAUAUUAAUUUUGU